UUCUGUCUGUCUGCCCCAUCACAGAUUCUCAUCUUUGGACUUUGUCUCGUGCCCGUGUGGACGUGCAGGAUGAACCGGUGCUAUAAUGUCAGCGAGCUGCACCAGGCAGCGGAGAGGAAGCUGAGGAGCCACUACCCACAGCAUCACGAGUUCCCGACUGCGGCGUUGUCCAACUCUUUGGCCUCUUGCCCCGUGUCGCUUUUCCCGCAGCAGCCGCCUCAGCACGUCCGAGACAGGUCCCUGUCACCAUGGAGAUACGUGCGUGUCACAAAGGAGGAUCACUUUCCUUCCAGCUACUCCGAGGCUCAGUGCUUGUGUUCCGGGUGCGUCCUGAUCCAGAACAACAAGCAUCCGGUGGAGAGCCACGACUACAACUCGCACCCUGUGACGCAGAGCAGGGUGUUCCUCAAGAGGGAGCUGUGCGACGACGGGAGGAGGUACUACCUGAAGCCGGUCACUGUCAAAGUAGCUGUGGGUUGCACCUGCACCCGAGCCAAGAGCUACAACUAACCAGCUCUACCAUUCAUGUUGUGUUUGUUCUAAAAUGCACCAAGUCCCCUGAAAAGUCUGAACUAGGGGUGUCGGCUCUGAUCAAUUCAUUAUAUAUUAAUGUAUAUAUAUAUACAUUAACGCGUGUUGCAGUCUCCAGUACAUUCAAUCCCUAUAACAGAAAUUAUUCUAAUAUUGCGAAUAGUGAGCCAGGUGUACGCCAAGACCACUGCAGAGACAACCACCCCCAGAUAUAAUCACCAUCAGAUAUAACUACCGUAAGAUAACUCCAUGAUUCUGGAUUCCAGGGCAAUGACAGAAACUAUAUCAUCAAGUGAGUUUAACAUCAGGAAGUUGCUGGUCCUCAACGUUUUGAUCUCCUUAAAACAUCUUCAAGUCUUACUCAUCUGUCUUGAUAGGUACAAUUGAAUUGAUUCAAUUGAUUAGUGAGCAGACAUUGGACAGCUGAGGGAAUUUUGGUGCAGCAUGCUCGCUAAUAGAGGUUUGACACAGCCGACACCCCUGGGAUUAUUUCACCAGUCAUCUUUUUAUUGGCCUUUUUAUUUUCAUAAUGGAUGACAUGAUACAUUUAGAAAAGGUUUGCAGAAUUUGUUUACAGCUCUGCCUAGUGCAGUGUUUUUCAACCUUUUUUGCGUCAAGGCACACUUAAGACACAGAAGA